CAAAGGGAGUUGUGUACUAUGGGUAAUACAUUUGAUCAACAUAUUUUCUUUUAGUUUCUUUGGAUGAGGAUGAAGCAGAAAAACAACGGAGAACAAUUGUUGCAAAAUAUGAUCGGGUUAGUACAAACUAUCUGUCUUGUUCAUCUACACAAUGUCAUGCAGGUUUGUAUCCAUCAGGCCUUGAAUUUCCCUGAAAUCAAUCGACGGCAAUGGCGUUAAAAAUUGCUGUAGAACGUAACAGCUGUCUACGGCAAUUUUGACAGUUUCCACGGCAUUUUUCAAAUUACUGUAAUAAAACUUUAAUUUUAUUGUUACUUUGGAUUUUUGACAAGCUAGAAACAUGUCUAUGUAUUUCUUUAGUGUUUUUUUCCGAAGAAAACUGAGAUUGAUCAACAUCUGAAUUCAAGUAUCAAAAUAGUAAUCACAGUGAAUAGUAUAAAAAUUGCACUAUACGGCAAAAAGUUGCCGCAAUGAUCCACGGCAUUUUGUUCUCCCUCAAUGGCAAUUGCCGCCAUAAAAUUCGAGCCGUGGUAUCCAUCCUAAUGGAUCCUACAGUAUAUUUACAAAUACAAUAUUAUUAUUAGAUGAACUAUCAAGAAAAUACUGUAUUGCCACUAUUGGACAUGCCACAUUCAUAAGAAAAUACUGUAUUGGAACUAUUGCUAUUAUAGAUCACACUAUUCUAGCUAGUUCAUCUGGAUAGUUUGUUUUGUGUUUACACUAAUGGGCUGUUUAUAUGGAAGCUGGGCUGUUUAUAUGGAAGCUGGCUGGUAUAUGGAAGCUGGGCUGUUUAUAUGGAAGCUGGGCUGGCCCACUUAGCACGACAGCCUGGUAAGCGAGAUCUCGCAGUGUAGUUACUUUUAUAGUAAAAAUUACCACGCGUUGAAAUGCACAAAUGGGCUGGCCUGGUUGCAGAGAUCUUGUUUGAAAGAGGUCUCCCUCACCGGGAUGAAAAUGUCUCCAUAUAAACACUUGCAAGUGGGCUGUCUCGGUUGCCGGGAUGACUGAGUUCAAAGUUGCCGCUGCAAGCUAUUUUCAACAACUGUCAAAAUAAUUUCAAAACAUCAAAAUUGUCCCAUGCAGCAAGCAUUUAUGAUGAAAUUUUCUCAUAAACACAAGAGAAAUUCAUCGCACUUACCAAGCUGUCUCGCUAAGCAGGCCAGCCCAGAUUUCAUAUAAACAGCCCAUAAGAAGGAUGAUCUAUCAGAUGCACAAGUCUUGAUGGAUGAUCUGUUGCUAGUAUAAAUGAAUAACCAGGAUAUUUUGCUUACUGUAUCAAGGGUUAUCAACCAGAAGAGUUGGAGGAGUGGGAGGAUGCAAGUUAUAUUGUUUAUCAAGUCACAGAUAGAUAUGGAUUUAUGCAGUAAGUUGUACAGCUGAGCGAAUAUACCCAUCCGGAAAGUACUGUAUGUCACUUUGUCCAAAGAGCCUUGUUUUUGUGUAAGUAACAUUAGUUCUUAAUUAAAGUCCAACAUCUCAAUCACGAAAACCAGGCUCUAUAGCCAAGGUGACGUACAUGUACCGUACUAUACAAUUACUUUAUGGUUUCCGUGUUUGGAUGGCCUGAUCCAAACACGCGGGAAUGUUGCGAGGGUUAAGAAAAGCGAGCGAAAUCACGAGCCGAAGGCGAGUGAUUUUGCCCGCUUUUCUUAACUCGAGCAACAUUCCCAAGUGUUUGGAUCAUUCCAUCCAAACAGGGAAACCAUAAAGUAAUUGUUUUAUAAAAUAACAACAACACGAAUUUAGUCUUCCGUGUUUGGAUGGCCUUAUCCAAACACAGCUUUCGACCAAUCAGAAUACGCGUUAUGUACAUGUUAUUUUAUAAUGUACUUUCCAGAAGGGUAUAUUAACAUGCAAUUACACAUUACCUACAUAAAGGCCCGUUUACAUGGGCAAUUUUUAUUAGUUGCGAUUUUCUCCUUUUGGAGGAUGUGAAGGAGUAGAUUACUUAAUGAUGUUGUUAUGAAAUUUCAUAACCUGGAACAUUUAUAACUGAUCUACUCCUUCACAUCCUCCAAAAGGAGAAAAUCUCAACUGAAAUCGCAGCAAAAAUCCCUGUGUAAAUGGGCCUUAAUGUCUAUAAAAAAAUCAUCUCAGGAUAAGGCACUAAAAUCCCCAUCAUUUUGCCAAAAUGAGUCUGUAAUCUCCCUGUUAGCUAUUCAGGAUCUGAAAUUUGCAGUAUCCCGAUAUCCACAGGGUACUAAAAUUUGAUUCUGGAAACUGUAAAUGACUUGUAUCCUGACUGGAUAUUACAAAAUUUCAAACAGGAUAAUGCUAAAUGUCUCUGGUAAUCUCUCAAUAGCCAAGGGUGGGUAGUAGCAAAGUAGUUGUAGUUCGCUACUGUAGCGAACUACAAUUUUCAAGUAGCCAGUAGUUUUUGACUACUUUUUUAAAACAGUAGCUGUAGUUAUAGCGAACUACAUUUUGCCUAAAAGUAGCCAAGUAGUUGACUACUUUUCAAACAGCGAAUCGCUAUUCGCUACUUUUCAAAUUGUUAGCAACUUGAUAGAAUAUAGCAUGAUAUUGAGACACGGUUUGCUUAAAAUCAAUACUCAAUAGUCAAUUUGCACUCCUGAACACUGUAGUGCUUACAAAAAUGUUGCUUUGUGUUUACUGUUGCUACUCGUAAGUCGAUUUGUUAUAGGUUACAUUACAGCCUGAGUUAGUAGAUGCUCCAAAUACAGUAAAACUAAAAAAUAUAGCGUAGCGAAAUAGCGAAAUAGUUCGCUACAUUUUUUAAGCAGUAGCUGUAGUCAGUAGCGAACUACCUUUGUUCAAAAGUAGCAGUAGUUGUAGCUGACUACAUAUUUUUGAAGUAGCUGUAGUUAUAGCGAACUACAAAAAUUUUGUAGUCAACCAAACCUUGUCAAUAGCUUUGAAUACUACAAUGAAUCUGCCUUCUUGAAAGUAACCAGCCUAUGAUUUCUAACUUGGUGAGAUACUGGGUCCUCAGAUACUGGGUCCUCAGAUGGGAUACUAGAACUUUAAAUCCUGGUUUCUCGGUGGACUACUGAAAAAAAUUAAAUUUCAGACCGUGACUGAGCUAUUAACCCACAGCUUCCUUCCUUCAAUUUUCAGUAAAAAACCAUUGGCUGAUGAUAGAGAUGCAAGGGUAAGACUUUCUUCUCAAGUGAAACUUUCCAAUUUUUAAACUAAUACCGGCAGCUAGCAAGGGUUUGACAUUUCAACAUUUUUCUCAUCUAGUUACUUAUCCAAGAACGUGAACGAGCUUUAAAAUGGAAGAAAAUGUUUGACAAGUGGGACAAAUAUUCACGAAGUGAUAAGGUAUCUAGAUACACAAAAAACUACACACUUGGAAAAUUUCAAAUUCCACAAAAUUUGUGAGAACUUUCAAUGCGAACAUGGGUUGUUUGGGUCCGCUAGUAUCUUCAACAACACUAAAAUUAUUUUGUGAAGUAAAUUUUCAAGUGCAGGAGGAUUGCUUUUAAAUUAAAAAACACUCUAAAAAUGGCUUGCACGCAAUUUACAAAAAUGGAAGUCUUAAAAUCAGGCCUCGAAUUUCUCUGAAAUCAAUCGACGGCAAUGGCGUUAAAAAUUGCCGUAGAACGUAACAGCUGUAUACAGCAAUUUUGGCAGUUUCCACGGCAUUUUUUCAAAUUAAUAAAAAAUUAAGUUUAUUGUUACUUUGGAUUGUUGACAAGCUACAGUAGAAACAUGUUUACGUAUUUCUUUAAGUGUUUUUUUUCGAAGGAAACUGAGACUAAAAUAGUAAUUUACGCAUGAUUUGAUCAACAUCUGAAUUCAGUAUCAAAAUAGUAAUGCACAGUGAAUAGUAUAAAAAUUACACUGUAUGGCAAAAAAUUGCCGUUGUUGCAGCAAUGAUCCACGGCAUUGACAAGCAAUGACGAAUUUUCUGUAUUACAGCAUAAUACAAUCAGUACACAGGCUACUAGCAAACAUGCGCUAGCAAGAAGUGAAAGUCAAAACAGUCGAAACAAGUUUCUUUAAAUUGAGGUAUAUUUACUCAUUAUUUGUAUAGCUUCGCAAGAGAAUAUACAAAGGUAUUCCUGAUUCAAUCAGAGGAACGGUGUGGAAAAUGUUAUUAGAUAUUGACAUGAUACCAAAUAAAACAAGGAUUUAUGAAGUAAGUAUAGGGACCCGCCAAUCAUUUCAUUCCGAACUUCAUAAAUAUUUUGAAAAUAUUUCAUAUAUGUAAAAUUACGAUUUUCAGGAAUACCGUGCUCAAGCAAGACUCAAUUCACCCGACAUACGACAAAUUGAUUUGGACGUUAAUCGAACCUAUCGUGAUCAUAUCAUGUUCAGAGACAGAUACUCAACUAAGUAUGUUGUUUUUAAUCACAUUUAUACUGGAUAGUUUUAUCAGUGCUAAACUGUUUUUCCUAGAGGUCCAGUAAGGAUCAUCUCUUAUUGAUCCAGUGUUACUACAGGAGGAAACCUAAACUAAACUAACUUUAUUUAUACAGGAUAGUUUUAUCAGUUCUAAACUGUUCUUCCUAGAGUUCCAGUAAGGAUCAUCUCUAUUGAUCCAGUGUUACUACAUGACGAAUUCAGACGAAACCUAAACUAAACUAACUUAUUUAUACUAGAUAUAGCUCUAUCAGUUCUAAACUGUUCUUCCUAUAGAGGUCCAGUAAGGAUCAUCUCUUACUGAUCCAGUGUUACUGCAGGAGCAAACCUAAACUAAACUAACUUUAUUCAUACUGGAUAGCUCUAUCAGUUUUAAACUGUUCUUCCUAGAGGUCCAGUGAGAAUCAUCUCUUAUUGAUCCAGUGUUGCUGUACUACAGGAGGAAACCUAAACUAAACUAACUUUAUUUAUACUGAAUAUCUCUAUCAGUCCUAAACUGUUCUCUCUAGAGGUCCAGUGAGAAUCAUCUCUUAUUGAUCCAGUGUUACUACAGGAGGAAACUGGUGUACCUGGAGACCCACUAUUAAAAUAAUUUAAAAUAAUUUAAGUUCAAGCAUUGAACUAGAGAUUGAUGUAUAUUUUGUGUUAUAUUUACAGACAGCAAGAUUUAUUUCAUGUGUUGGCAGCUUAUUCCAUGUAUAACCAGGUAAUUUAACAACAAAGUCUCGCUCCAAAUCUCUUGUAUCUAACUAUUAAUUCCUCACUAUAUUGAUCUUCAGGAAGUUGGCUAUUGUCAGGGAAUGAGUGGAAUAGCUGCCUUGCUUUUAAUGUAUUUAAAUGAAGAGGUACAGUAUGUUCAGAUUUCUUCUCCUAUAUAUACAAGCUGAAACUAAGACAGGAAUUUUUUACAAAACAUUAAUGGUUUUGAAGAUGGGAAAUAAUACUAUUCCCAUUUGUAAAACCUAUCAAUGGAUAAGGUGAAUAAUUACCAUUAAUGGUUUUCCUUCUUUUAACCAUUUUAAAAUGGUUUUAUUGAAUAUUGAUGUUUAAACAUCAUUGUAAUUAUAGUUUUACCAUGCGUGAUAUGGAUGGAUUUGUUCUAUAUUACAUCAUGGUGAUUAUAGUUUUUACCAUCAAUGAUAAGAAUGGGUUUUAUUUAUAUUACUGUACAUAAUGAUGCUUGUGAUGUUACUCUGAGUGUAUAUCCACACCGCAGGCAACCUUGAAAAAUAUGCCUGACCACGGUGGGAAUCGAACAUGCGACCUUUGGAAUACUAGUAUUCCAAAGUAGCGUAUUCCAAAGGUCGUAGGUCUAGUAUUCCAAAGGUCGUAGGUUCGAUUCCCACCGUGGCCAGGCAUAUUUUUCAAGCCUGCCCGCGGUGUGGAUAUACACUCAGAGUAACAUCACAAGCAUCAUAUUCACCUGAGUACAUUACACCAACACAGAAAAAAUUCAUGAUUACUAGAUUACAUCGAUAUCGAAGGAACUAGACUCAGUUCCAAAAUAUCACUUACUCAAACCGACCUGACCGCGUAGCUCAGUUGGCAGAGCAUUGGGCUAGUAUUCCAAAGGUCGUAGGUUCGAUUCCCACCGUGGCCAUGCAUAUUUUUCAAGCUUGCCCGGUGUGGAUAUCCACUCAGAGUAACAUCACAAACAUCAUAUUCACCUGAGUACACGACACCAACACAGAAAAAAUUCACUGUACAAAAUGUUAAUUCCUGUGAAUAUUACCAACAAAAUGCAUAUUCGUGGUAUCAAAUAAAGCCCAUUAAUGGUACGCUUAGUGUGAAUCACAAUUUCGACAGUUGUAGAAAAAAAAAUUGAUGGAAAUUGUGUGGUAUUUUUCACAUCAAUGCUUUUCAAUAAAUUUGAAUGGUUUUAAUGGGAAAUACAUUAUGAAAAUAAGAAACCAUUAAUGGAUUAUCUGUGUAUGGCUGAUAUUAUAAGAGACAAAAUAUUUAUAUCUUUUCAAGUUUUUAUUUAAUCAAAUAUCUAUCUUCCAGGAUGCAUUUUGGGCGUUAUCUGUGCUAAUUACUAGCAGCAAGAAACACUCCAUGCAUGGUAUGUGUUCUUAUCUUGUAUUUUUGUUUUGAAGACAAUGAGCAAUUCCAGCUAUGGACUAAAUUUUGAUCUAGGCAAGAAGAACAAAAUCCAUCACCACAGCUAGAAAGAGCAUGUUAAAAUUACUAAAAUUGCAAAGUUUGGUUGCGAAAUGUUGUAAAAUGAGGAAAAUAUAGCCCUGCAAAAUUUGCAAGUUUUCGUUCGAUUGCAUAAAACAACAUUUCCAGUUCACUUUUUAUACAUCACUUUGAUUCUCUUUUAACAUACACGAUCCUCUAGUCCUGGACUAGGGUACAUUUUGUUUUACGUCGGACAAGGCUACAGUUCGGUCGGACAUCAAUACACUCGUGUCGGACAAACGAUAAACCUCAAUGUCAUUUAGGUCGGACAGAAUGUCCAGUGUUUUCCGAUCUACGUCGGACAAUUUCACGAAUGGGUCGGACAAUGUCCGUGACCCACCAGUAUUUCAAGACAUGUAUUUCUAAGCAGUACUUUAUCUUAUGAAAAUUAUUGUAUGCAAUCUCAACUCCACAUUUAUUGGUUGUAGGAUUUUUUAUUCCUGGAUUUCCAAAACUCAAGCGGUUUCAAGACCAUCACGAAGCUAUUUUAAAGAAAUUUGCACCAAAACUUUUUAAACAUUUGGUAAGAUGCACGGCGAGACUUUUGGUUCAAAUUAGUCUAUAUAUUUUGAUGACUGCUUAUCCAUUUUAGGAAAAGGAAGGCGUCUAUACAAGUCUGUAUACACUCAAAUGGUUUAUGCAGUGUUUCCUAGAUAGGGUAAGCUUUAUGAUGUUUUAAUAACAAACACUUCUUAGAGAUUCAGCAAGUGUUACUACAGGAGGAAACCUCAAGCUAAACUCUAUUUAUACUGAAUGAAUGAAUGAACAACUUUAUUUAAAGAGGGUAAAAACACAUGACAGCAAUAUAACUGAAAAACCUGUGACCCUCAUAUACAAUACAUGCAAAGUUAUUAAUUCUACUUUAAAACGUCUAAAAGCUACUUAGAGUAAAUAUGUAAAAGAUCUUAGGAUUAUAAAUUUAUAUAAUAUACAAAUUAUACACAGUACAACUUGCUGAUCACAAUAAUAAUUCAAAGCGAUCGAUGCCCUUAUAAGAUUCUAAGAAGUAUUUUUUAAGGGCAAACUUAAAGGAAUUAACGCCAGGUUUCGUCUUAAUAUCCUUCGGGAGAUUGUUCCAUACUGGAUAACUCUGUCCAAUAAGAGUGAUCUACUUGAUCUCUUAUUGAUCCAGUGUUAGCACAGGAGGAAACCCAAACUAAACUAACUUAAUUUAUACUGGAUAUAGCUCUAUCAUUUUAAAAUUGUUCUUCCUAGAGGUCCAGUAAGAAUCAUCUCUUAUUGAUCCGGUAUUACUACAGGAGGAAACCUAAACUAAACCAAGUUCAUUUAUACUGGAUAGCUCUAUCAUUUUUAAACUGUUCUCCCAAAGGUCCUGUAAGAAUCAUCUCUUAUUGAUCCGGUGUUACUACAGGAGGAAACCUAAACUAAACUAGCUUUAUUUAUACUGGAUAGCUCUAUCAGUUCUAAACUGUUCUCCCUAGAGGUUCAGUAAGGAUCAUCUCUUAAUGAUCUAGUGUUUAAUACUAUACUCCUGUAUAGGAAACCUAAACUAAACUAACUUUAAUUAUACUGGAUAGCUCUAUCAGUUCUAAACUGUUCUCCUUAGAGGUCCGAUAAGGAUCAUCUCUUAUUGAUCCAAUGUUACUACAGGAGGAAACCUAAACUAACUUUAUUUAUACUGCAUGGAUAGCUUUAUCAGUUCUAAACUGUUCUUAAACAUGGCACGACUUACUGUAUUAUUAUUUAUUUUAUUUCAGACGCCAUUUCCGUUAACGCUAAGAGUAUGGGACGUAUUUUUACUAGAAGGAGAUAAGACACUCACGGCCAUGGCGUACAAUUUAAUGAAAAUUCAUAAGAGUAAGUAUCGGAUCAUUGACAAAGUCUGCAUUCAUUUUCCCCUCGUUACUUGGUUAACCAUGCAGUCUCUGGUAUAGUGUAGGUUUUUCUUAAAGGACAUUGGCAAUAAAAAAUUAGUUUAGUUCAUUUGUAUGAACUCUUAAAACUAUAUAUUAAACUCUAUUACAGAUUGUUUAUAUCUUGCUUAGUUUUCAAAAUAUUUCGACUGAAAAAAGUGAGCUUUUCGCCAUUUUGGAUUAUUGACGAUAUGCAUGUUACGUCAAAUUUAGAAAUGAUUAAAAACAUUUCAAACAAUGUUGGAUUGUUACUCGGUCAUUUUACUAUUUUAGAGUAGUUUUAUAUGGUUAACCUUACCCAACUCCAUACGUCACCAAAACCAUAGUUAAUGAGGUCAAGAAUUAGUCCAAGACGGCUGACAGCUCGUUAAUUUCGGUCUAAAUAUUUCGAGAACUAAGCAAGAUAUGAAAAAUCGGUAAUAGAAUGAGACAAACUAUUUUUUUGAAUGAGACAAACUAUUUUUUAUUGCCAAUAUCUUAAUUAGCUCGCACAUGUGUAAGCCAUUGAACUAUAAAUAAAGUGGAAGGCUAACUCAGGGGGGGGGGAUAUUGCAGCCAGUGCAUUUUAGUUUUUCUGAGUUAUGAGCAGAAAUACUCAACACUGAACGUUGGGCUAUAUAUCAAAUUGAAGCUAUUGAAAAACACUAUUUGGUGUAGAAAUUUCAAGACUUUAGCUAAAAGGGAAAUAUUGAAAAACUACAAACAUAAUUACCGUUAAUUUGCCGUUUUGCAGUUGUUUUUGUAUUUUUUAAAUAUUUUUCUUUUCGCUGAAGUCUUGAAAUUUCCACACCGAAUAGCAAUUUUCAAUAGCUUCAAUUUGAUAUAUAGCCCGACGUUUGGGGUCAAGUAUUUCUGCUCAUAACUCAGAAAAACUAUUUUGGCUUCAUCAAAUCAUAGGCCUUCAUCAUAGCGGUUAGCCUUCCAGUUUAUUUAUAGUUCAAUGGUGUAAGCUUGGCUAGUCGUAACAAGGUAUGCGAGCUAUUUGAGAACGUGAAAUGAAAAUAUGCGAAGUAAUUUUGUUUCAUUUGUUGGCAGAAAAAUUCGUGAAACAACCCAUGGAGGACGUUGUGGAAUUUCUUCAAGAGAGAAUGAGUGACUAUCCUUACAAUCUCGAUCACAUGAUGGAAUUACUUCAGGAGUCACGGUUUGAGCUCAAAAAAGGCGGCUUAGAGUCCCCCCCUCCCCCAAGUGACAACGAAUUCCCCACAGUUGCCCCGGGCUCCUCGCUAAGACGCGGCGUUUAUGAAACCGCUUCAGCCCGCGCGCGUAAAAAUAGAGAGAAAACUAAAAUUAUCCAAGUCCCCCCUGGAAAACAGGUGCUCCCCCCGUCUCCAGUUUCGGAAACUGACGGAAAGGAAGCAAAUAGACAUUCCGUGACGAGGUCUACUUCCAGUCGGCGGUCGGAAACUUCCGGAUUAAGUUCGGAUAGUAACGUACGACGUUCCGAAAGUCUCGGUCGGUCUUCAAGAAGUGUCGGGAAUCAUUCGGAAAAUGGCGCUAAUCUAUCGGAAAGUUCGGGAAAAUACUCCGAAAAUGUCGAACGAUCUUUUGAAAGUGUCGGAAUGCCUUCGGAAAAUGUCGGACGACGUUCGGAGAGGCGUUCAGAAAGACAAUCGGAAAGUUCCGGAAAUCGUCCUCAGUUUUCCGAAGUACGCUACGUCAGCCCUGAGGCUUCAGUUAAGAAUGACGACGAAACCCGCUACCAUAUGAGAGUAGAAGAACCCCAUUUCCCUUCAUUAAGGGUUGAUGAAGCAGCCCACCACCCCUCCUCAACACCCACCGACGAGCCCCACUCCCCACCCCGUGUAGGCGCAAGCCUAUCCAACGCCGAAAUUGCAAAAUUCAACCAAGAUCUCAAGAAUUCAUACCAUCGCUCACAACAACAAUUUUUACGAAGCGACAGAAGACAAAAUGGCAGCCGGUCUGUACCCCUUGAAAAAAUGUCUUCGCCUCCUUCUCGCCUUUCCGAUAGCGAACCGAACGACGUACGAGGAAGUACCGAACCAGGCACGAUGGUUAUAAAUUUACCUGGUAGUGUAAAUAUCGAACGGAGUUAUGGUACCGGUGGUUCGCACCCGGAGGUUCGUACCCCUAACGGAACUUCUGCCCUAGGUCAUGCUCCCGUAUGGCAUCAUGACGGACCCGAGGGAUCAAAGCAGUAUACUCUGACCCAGUCACCAAACAGACAGAUGACUUUUGUUUGAAUGUUAAUCGUGUUUUAUAACAUAGUCAGUCAUGGUGUGGUCUUCAAACUCCGUCUUUGUCCAUGUUUUAUAUGCAAACUUUUAACGACAAUGAAUUAUUGGCAAAGCAUUUUGAUUGUUUCAUUAUGCCAGCCAAUAACUUCAUGAAAUAAAGUUGGAAACACUAAAAUAGAAUAGAAGUUUCAUCUUGAAACUUAAUAUUUAAGUAGAACAAGAGGACAUAGUAUUCGACAGUGGUAUUUCGAAUUUAUUGCAAAUUUAUCAUCAGAUUCUAUUAACCGUGGACAAAUUUGCACAAGCUAACCUAUAUGUAUAUACGCGUGAUUACGUCAAACAGGAAGAAAGCGUAUUUUAAGAUAAGGUAAGGUAAACUGUAUUUAAACACGCUAACCCAUUUAAUGUAAAUUGUGUCCAGGGGGGGCGUGUAAAAUUUACAAUUCCUAAGCCUAAGGGGGUGUUUAUAUGCAUGAAGGCGAGCCAGCCCGGGCUAGCUCGCUUUGCCGAGCUGAUUUUAUCCCGUGUUUGCAUGAGACUGUUGAGGCGAGCCAAAACAAACCACUGAUCUCACCGCUAUAAAUAGUAUGACAUAAAUAUAUUUUUUCACGAACCUGAAAUUCGCACUUUCGCGAGCAACGUUCACGGAUAUAACCCACAUAAUCGUUCACAGAGACGUUUUACUCAGCCCGCUUAGGCGAGCCAGUCGGGGUCUUUGCGUUUAUUGGGAAAUUCCCAGCGCGGUCACCCGAGAUCUCGGGUCAGUCGAGGCGGGAUCUCGCGCGGGCGGGCCACCUGGGUUGCUAUUCAAACGCAAAAUGAAAUUUAGUAAGAAAUAAUAGCAAAGGCGGGAUCUCGCCCAAACUGGGCCAGCUCGGGUACCCGGGUUGGCUCGCCCCAUAUAGCCAACCCAACCCCUGUAUAUAUUAGUCUGUUGAUGUCAAUGAAUUUGCAAUAAAUUCGAAAUAUCACUGUUGAAUAUUAAAUACUAAAUUUCAAGAUGGAACUUCUAUUAGGAGUUUCCCUACUUUGUUUCAUCAAACAAUCAAUCGAAGGGCAUCAAUCUCGUUGAAUCACUCAUCUGUCCUCACAAAUAUUAAUAGACAAAAUUUCAAAAGAUUUGUGGACGGUGAAGGCGUCUCAAAAUAAAAGCAUAGCUCAUUCUAGACGCUUUGAAGCUUUCCGAGUUUCUAGACCAUGUCUCGACUGGCUAUACGAUCAAAUGAUCGAGCACAAAAUUCAUAUUAAUUUUAAUAUUUUCAAGAUCGGUGAAAACGUUAAGCAAAUACUUUCAGAGAUCUAUAUAUGUAUACAUAAUUCCUUAGUUGUAUAGUUUUUAAUACUGGAUACUAGAGAGCUAAAAUAUUUUCGUUGAUAUUUUAAAAAUCAUUUCUGAUAGACGGGUCGCAGUAAGCACUAUUUUAUGGGAAGCUCCCGGUGGUAAUGUCGUUGCGAGAGCGAGAAAAUAGGGUAACGGUCAUUACUUAUGGUGGGAGUUGGCACCGAAGAGAAUUGUUUUUUUUGGUAAAAGUUUUGCCGAUCCAACCAUUAAAAAGUAAAAAAAAAUUCUACCCAACUUUCAAUAUCAAUUCACCCUAGCCAAAAAAACUUUACAAAAGGAUACCAUUCAGUUGUCACACAUGUCCUUUACUACUUCUGUGACAUGAGUUUGAUAACUGCUUGUGCAAUUUUCUGCAGUCUAAAGUUUCAUGUUGUCUGCACAUGUACUUUCUUUGGAGACACCAUUUGCCUCCUGACAAAUCGGAAAAUGAUCAGGUCAUCAAGAUGAUUGAUUUACAUAUUGUAUUGACAUAUAUGACUGUUGACAUUGCUUUUUUAGUCUUCAAUAUUUGAGUGAGUCAUGCUUUGGAAAUGACAAUACAUUUUUAUUACCCAACCCUUGAGUUGUUUUGUUUUUCAUUUACCCAACCUUUUACUCGCUUAAAAUUUUGUUUACCCAACCCUUUUCUCUUCGAUUUGCCCCCGACAAUAAAUAAUGCCCGUUCCCUAAGCACAGAGUACUAACCAUGCAGAGGUCUCACUUCGCGAGAAAACCGUAAGGUAGUUUUUACUGCGCAUAUAUAGCGGCCAUGUUCUUAGCAAGUGUCGUAAAGAGAGGCAUUCACCCCCCCCCCCCUGGGACAUUAAAUUUUAAUAUGUUUUCAGCGGGGUGACAGCCUCUCGUUAGGGUAUACUUGCUACUAGAACAUAGCGGACUGGAAAAAUCCCUUACGCUGAAAUUAAUAAAAAAAGUGAGACAUCUGUACAUGGUAUUCUUUGUUUUCAAUGACGUAAUUUUGGGAUUUCAGUUGUCGGGCAGGUAUAACAAAAAAUGGCUAUUUUAAUGUAUUGAUCGAGUUUGGAGACUGUUUAAAACUCAAAAGAUGAAUGGCCCAUUUGCAUUAUAGACUAAAUUUUGAUCUAGACAAAAAUUUCAUCACAGCUUGAAAGAGCAUCACAAAAUUAGUAAUAUUCCAAAGUUUCGUUGCGAAAUGUUGUAAAAUGCGGAUAAUAUAGCCUUGCGAAAUUUGCAAUUUGCCCCAACACCCGAUUGGGCUGUCAAUUUUCCGUGCGUAAUACAAAAUGACUGAAAAACGGCAAACUUCGCAAUUCGCAUGGCUACCGUAAACUUCCGAAUAUAAGCCCCCCGAAUAUAAGCCCCCCCCCCGUCUAUAAGCCCAUCAAAUUACUAACGUUCACACCAUUCCGUAUAUAAGCCCCCCCCCGAAUAUAAGCCCACCCCUACAUAAGCCCACCCGUAUAUAAGCCCAUCACACUAUAAUACCGGUAAAUUACACAAAAAAAUCCACUACAUUGCAUUAAAUUUCAACUAAGACUACGUAUACGGUAUGUAUUUAUUUAUUUAAUCAAAGGUUAUAAAGGAUUACAAAACACUUGACAGUUCGUCCCGAUUUUGCCUCAAGGAGUCACGGACAUAUUUUUUGUGCAGUUUCGGUCCGUAAAUAUAGUACGUGUUUUCUUACUAUUAACCUAAGAUGUGGUCCGUGUAUAAGCCCCCCGUAUAUAAGCCCCCCCCCCCAUGUAUAAGCCCAUCAAAAAAGGCUUAUGAAAUUAUAUAAGCCCAGGGCUUAUAUUCGGAAGUUUACGGUAUAUUAUCCGCAUUUUACAACAUUUCGCAACGAAACUUUGGAAUAUUACUAAUUUUGUGAUGCUCUUUCAAGCUGUGAUGAAAUUUUUGUCUAGCUCCAAAUUUAGUCUAUAAUGCAAAUGGUCCAUUACCGUUCAGUUUUUCUUGCUACAACCAUUCUGAUGGGAGAAAGAUCGUCCACAAGUUGUUAGAUUGCCCGUCAUUUGGAUGAAAAGUCACGUGAUUGCAAACAAAGAAUUUACUCUGUGCCCUAAGGUGAUCGAAGUAGAGAUUUCGUAGAAAAAAGAAAAAAACUAAAUCUCUAUUUUAAUAUUUCCUUGGAUUGAAAUCGAAGGAAAUAUUAAAAUAGAGAUUUAGUUUUUUUUUGACCGUAUACCUGUCAACACUCCUGAUGUUGCUGCAUGAUGAUGCCUAGUGAGACCCUCAUAUAGAGAAUGUAUACUAAAUAUUGUUGAGCAAUUUUUAAUUGGAGUAUUUCUAAAAGUACAUAGAAAUCCGCAUUGUAAAAUACUGACUCCGAGACACAGAAAUUUGCAACUAUGCGCCUUGCACAUAAUCACUUAGUAAGCUAGUAUAGUGGUUUACAUUGUAUAGGGUAUGUUCUUAUUAAAUUUAGAUUAAAGUCAUGCAGGUUAUUUAUACUGGAUAGCUCUAUCAGUUCUAAAUUGUUGUCUGUAGAGGUCCAGUGAGGAUCAUCUCUCAUUGAGCCAGUGUUUCUACAUGGGAUCCUAAUCUGGCCAACUGUAUUUAUACUGGAUAGCUCUAUCAGUUCUAAACUGUUCUCCAUGCAUAGAGGUCCAGUAAGGAUCAUCUCUUGUUGCUCCAGUGUUACUACAGGAGGAAACCUGAACGAAACUAACUCCAUCUGGAUAUUUUAAUAAAACACAAAACAAUAGAUGACUUAAAUUAUAGUCGAAACGUAUUUUAAGAAUAAAAAUGUUUACCAUUUUCGGAGUGUCUAUUGUUUUGUGUUUUAUUAAAACACUUUAUGGCAACCGCAAUUUUAUACUGGAUAGUUCUAUCAGUUCUAAACUGUUCUCGCUAGAGGUCCAGUAAGAGUCAACUCUCAUUCAUCUAGUGUUACUACAGGAGGAAACCUAAACUAAACUAACUUUUUUUAUACUGGAUAGUUCUAUGAGUUCUAAAGUGUUCUCCCUAGAGGUCCAGUAAGGCUAUAAUAAUUCAUGAGCUGCAGUUCUAAACUAUAAAUCUCGUUGAUAUUCAAUGGAAACGUGAACUAAUCAUUAUACGGCAUUGGUUUUCGUUGCCCGUCUAAUGGUCUCAGUCCUCCGCUAUUUUGGCCCAUAGCUUUCUCGCAGCACGCGUGGGAACACGUGGGACUGCACGAACUGGGACAGGGUUGUGUACAUUGUCCAGCGGUAAGCCACGACGGUGCAUGCGUAGUCUUGCCAUUAGUUCCAGUCUCUUGUGCGAACGGCUCGUUACCCGAGGGGUGCGAAGGGAUACAACAUGUGAAAUCACAGUCUGGGGUAC